UUAGGACCUCGGUAUCCUGUAGUUCAAUGUGUCGUAGUCAAGGACUGGUCGUAGAAGUGACAAGCUAACCAUAUGAUGCUAGGCUAGUUAGCCUUGCCGUUUGGUAUUGGUGAGAGGCUGUAGUCCGUGUGUGCAGCUGAAGCCAGCUAGGCAAAAUACAUACAAGGAACAACGCUAGCAAGUCUGAUCAUUGCAUUUAUUUAUUUUCUUUGCAUAAGGACACAACCAAUGUUAUCUAGGUCGCUGUCUUGCUAACGUCAACACACUCGGGGUAGUCAACAAGCAAGUAAAAAAAGAAAACAGAACAAAAAGAGAGCGGUAGCUAGUCACCUAGGUGAACAGACCACACACGGCAUUGAAGAUGAAUGGUUUAACGAAGAACGAGGGAAUCGCGGGGACGGAGAGGUUCGCUAGCCCGGGGAAAGGCAGGGGACUACGGGCAGUGAAGCACUUUGCUGUCGGAGACCUCGUGUUUGCCUGUCCUGCCUAUUCCUACGUCCUGACGGUGAAUGAGAGAGGAGCGCACUGUGAAUACUGCUUCACCAGGAAGGAAGGCCUCUCCAAAUGUGGAAAGUGUAAACAAGCUUACUACUGUGAGAUUGACUGCCAGAAGGGAGACUGGCCGAUGCACAAGUUGGAGUGUACAGCCAUGUGUUCCUAUGGGGACAACUGGUGUCCGUCAGAGACCGUCAGACUGGUGGCCAGGAUCAUCAUGAAACAGAAAGUCACAACGGAACGGACACAGUCAGAGAGGCUGUUACUCCUCAGCGAGUUUGAAGCCCAUCUGGAUAAGUUGGACAGUGAGAAGAAUGAGAUGAACCAGACGGAUAUAGCUGCACUGCAUCAUUUCUACUCUCGACACAUAGACUUCCCUGAUGACCAAACCCUCACUGUUCUCUUUGGACAGGUAAACUGUAAUGGUUUCACCAUAGAGGAUGAGGAGCUGUCUCACCUGGGCUCUGCUGUGUUCCCUGAUGUAGCAUUGAUGAACCAUAGUUGUAGUCCUAACGUCAUCGUCACCUAUAAGGGGACAGUAGCUGAGGUACGAGCUGUGCAGGACAUCCAGCCUGGAGAUGAGAUCUUCAACAGUUACAUUGACCUGCUCUACCCGACAGACGACAGGAACGAGAGACUGAGGGAUUCAUACUUCUUUACCUGCGUGUGUAAUGAGUGUGCCACACGGUCUAAGGAUGGAGGUAAGAUGGCGCUUCAAAAGUUGAGCUCUCCCCCACAGCCAGAGGAGGUCAGAAAGAUGGUUCACUAUGCCAGGAAUGUUAUUGAGGAGUUCCGUAGAGCUAAGCACUACAAGACCCCUAGUGACCUGCUGGAGAUCUGUGAGUUGAGCCAGGAGAAGAUGAGCUCUAUAUUUGCAGACACUAAUGUGUACGUGCUUCACAUGAUGUACCAGGCCAUGGGAGUCUGUCUGUACAUGCAGGACUGGGACGGAGCCAUGAGCUACGGAGAGAAGAUCAUUCAACCAUACAGUGUCCACUACCCAGCCUAUUCUCUGAACGUGGCCUCCAUGUACCUGAAACUGGGCCGUCUCUACCUGGGACUUGAGAGGAAGACCCAGGGAGUCAAGGCAUUAAAAAAGGCGAUCGCCAUCAUGGAAGUGGCUCAUGGGAAGGAUCACCACUACGUAACAGAGGUCAAACAAGAGGUGGAGGAGCUGAAAUAAGGAGGAGGUGAAGAAGAGGAAGGAGUGAGGGAGGAAGAGAGCACAAGGGCUUCUCCAAACCCUGGGUCAAACAAAAACUUUUUUUUAAAUCUACAAAACUAAACAGCUGCACGGCAUGCAUCCUAUACCUCUCUUUUUAUGUGUUUCUCUCCAUCUCCCUCUCGGUCUCUGGUCAAAUCAGUUAUUUUUGUUUGUCAUGCAGGCAGGCAGUUAACCAGUCAGUGAAAGAGACAAUGUGACCCCAGUAUUUCUGUUCAUCGGUUGUCUUAGACAGUACGUGAUGAGGGUGUUUUUAUGUACUGGGUAGCAGUAUUGCUGUAACUGGCAAGGACAGUUGUAGUUUUUAGUUUUGUUAUUGGCCUGGACUAGCCUCGUGUCUGCCUAAAACUGUUAUGAAAAGUGAACUCAUGAAUUUACAAAUUACGUUUUGUAUUAAGCGAUGACGGGUUUCUCUCCUCAUACAAGGUGAGAGAACAAUACCCAAAAAAUAAAUCAUUAAUUGUUAUGAAUAUGUUCAAAACUUGAAAUAAUUUGCGUUUGUCUUACAACAAAAACCGUGUUGAACAACUUUUGUCCUUUUUGCCUGUUUUAUAAAAUCAGAAGUGUUGCAUCUCUCACUCAUAUACUGUCUUUGUUACCGACCUGUAAGGAAGCAGGGUUGUAGUCUUUGUACCGACCUGUAGAGAAGCAGGGUUGUAGUCUUUGUACCGACCUGUAGAGAAGCAGGGUUGUAGUCUUUGUACCGACCUGUAGAGAAGCAGGGUUGCCCUCAAAUUCGGUUUUAAUUCCGAAAGUAAAUCAAAUUCCAAAUGUUUCUCAUUGGCGAGAAUUGAAAUUUCAACGUACUUCCUGAAUUGACUGGAGUUGAUAUGGGAAUUGGCCCCCAACCCUGAAGGGAAGUCAUUUUCCACAUCGUUCAUUCAAUGUCAUCACAUAGAUGUUGUUGUUGAAAGAACGUUGAUUAACCAGAUUUUGCCUAAUAAGAUGACUGUAAAACCCUCAAUAUUAACCUUAACCUUUAGGGGAAUGAAAACAUACCUGGCCCUGGAUCACAAUCUCUUUCCUGGGAACCCCAAGGGGUGCAUGUUUCUGCUGUGACCCUAGCAUUACGGACUAUUUCAAAUAAUCAACACAAUAUCAAGCUUUGCUUAUUUGAAACGGCUGUGUAGUGCUCUGUAGCUCAGUUGGUAGAGCAUGACGCUUGUAAACGCCAGGGUAGUCGGUUCGAUUACCGGGACCACUCAUACGUAAAAUGUAUGCAUGCGUGGGAUAAAAGCGUCUGCUGAAUGGUAUAUAUUAUAUUAGGACCAAAAACCCCAAACUUUGAGAUCCCCAGAACUGAGUUCAGAAAACGUCUGGCUUAGAGACUACUUCCACUUCACCUCACUUCCCCUCUGUACUGUGGUUGGUUUGAGUGUGUCGGACAUCAGACAUGGAAACCCAAAUAAAAUAGAAAACAGAGAA